GUCCGUAUACGCUUUAUGCAGUUGAAGGGGGAAAAAAAGAAGGCAUAAAAACAAAAAUAUUUAUGCUGAAAGAUUUAAAGCACCCGAAUAACUUAGAUUUAUUUAAACAUGCGCAGUUUUAAUCUGUGUUUAAAACAUGGCGAUCAUGACGUCACUUUAAGUAAAUGUGGGUAUUAUGAUGAUAAUGAUGAGUAUCACGACACCACCUAUGACAUAUAGACCUAUGACCAUCCACUUCAUAGAGUUUCUAUGAUCCACUUGAAUCGCGGUUGGUUCCACUUUCAUCGUUUGCGUUUCGGUAUGACCGUGCGACCGUGCCGUUAGCAGCCGAGUAGCUGAUAGUAGUGAGUGAUUCGAGGGGUGUCAACACGGUAGCUACUGGCUGGUCGAGGCUGGGUACUGAGGGCUGUGUUGCUCUAUCGGGUUCUAGGGUGCUCUUCGCGAUAACUGCUUGUUCCUUCCGUGGCGUUUGCAUGAACAAAAAUGUACGAUCGCCCGGUCUUGCCUGCUGCGUCAGUUAGCUGUGCGAAGAAGCGGCAGUCCUGAGGUCACGUGCGUGAAUACGCUCAGCUGGGUUUGUGCUGUUGUGUGCAGAAGCGCUGCCGGCCACUCGCUGUCUCCGGUCUGCAUUGCAGAACGCCCCCUUUCAUGAGCUUGUUGUGUUUGCACGACCCUCAGAAAUAGCGGCAUUACCUUGUACUCGCCUCAGCCGGCCUAGCAAUGGACCCGUUGGGCUCACCGUUGGACAUUGUAGACGUUGCGGUCCUGAAACGAUGGCACCAAAUAGCCCCCCGGGAGCCUGUCCUUGAAGAAAAGGACAGGCCGGAUGCCCAAGAGAAGUGCUGCCGCGAGUACACACCGUUUCCUAUCAACGAAGAGCUUAACCGAAAAAUUGCCCUUUGGGUUGGCGACAUGACCUGCCUGAAUGCGCACGCCAUUGUCAACUCCACAAACGAAAAUCUGACGGACAGAAGUCCUCUAAGUCAAAGGCUCGUAGCGAGGGCUGGACCACAAUUGAAGCAAGACUUGCUCAACGAAAUUCAGUCAUGCCGCACUGGAGAAGCCAAGUUGAGCAAGGGGUACAACCUUCCAGCACGUUUUGUGAUCCACACUGUAGGGCCCAAGUACAAUGUCAAGUUUCACACAGCCGCAGAGACAGCACUUCAUUCGAGCUAUUGGCGGGUGCUGCAAAUGAUACCUGAGCACGGGCUUCGCACCCUUGGGCUCUGCCCAAUCCAUUCCAUGCGCAGGUCCUACCCCGCUACAGAAGGAGCCCACAUAGCUCUUAGAACACUUCGUCGCUUUCUUGAAAGGCAUGGGGACACAGUGGACCUCAUUGUCGUCACUGUAGAAGGUGGUGAGGUGGGCACUUAUGAGCAGUUGCUACCACUGUACUUCCCUCGCACCAGCGUGGAGGAAGAGCAUGCACGGCAGCGGCUUCCCAAGGAUAUCGGUGGGCCUCGUGGAGAGCCUCUACUGCCCGAGAGGGGUAUCCGCAUUGUUGACAAGCCCUUUGGAGUCCCUGACCUAGCAGCUAAGGUGGUAGAUACUCCUGUUGCAGAGGAAGCAAGUGAAGAGAAGGAGCUGGAUCCAGGACCUCUAAUGGAGGGAUCGGUGUGUGUUGGCCGCACAGCCUUCGCACGCAUGCAGGGAGAUGUUGACAGACAGGGUGGCCGUGCACUCUCAGACCCUAUGACACGGGAAAUCCAACGUUCCCAUAGGUACACCAGACUGCUACGAAAGGCCCGUCAGGAGGAUCUGCGCAUGGUGCGAGAAGCACGUUUUUUUUAUGAAGCUGGACGGGAUCGAAGCGGGCGCCCCAUAUUUGUCUUUGUGGGGCGGAGGUUUCGAGGCUUGAACCCAGAACAUUGCCGCAGACAGGACAUAUUAAGGUGGGUGGCACAGAUUCUGACUGUCACGAAUUCUGGCACCCAAGAGAAGGACAAGGGACACAGUGAGAGGAAUUAAAUUCCAAGUCAACGCAAACUGACUGCUACAGUACAAGAUAGGGUCGAUGUAGUGCUGCAUAAUAGGGCCCUUUUCUCUACCAUACCACUCUACAAAGCUGGUGAAAGCCAAAGCAUGCAAGAGCCAUUGCUGACAAGACACAGCUGGUGGGGAACUGUCAUGGAUGAUGCAUUGGCCUUCCUGGCACUCAGGCAACAUUGCAAGAGACCAUGAUGUCCUGCUAAGACACUGUCGUCACAGAUCAGGAGGGGAAGAUCACAUCAAACUGCUACAGGCAGGAUCCCUCUUCGGCACUGAAUUACACAGCUGUCGACUGACAUUCCCAGAACAUAGCUGGAGAACUGGAAUACACUUCAACACUGCUCGCUACACUGCCUGCUCCUUUCUUUUUUUAUUCUUUUUCAGUCACUGCUUUCCUCAUUGUGCACAAAUCUUUUUUUUGUCUACUGCCUUGCAAUUUCUUUUGUUCUGUUUCCUCUCCUGCUUCUUCUUGCAUUGUUACAAUGAAUUGGCAUUUAUUAUAAAGAGGCAUUACAGCAAACCACCGGCCCCACAGCGCCUGCCGCGGUGGCUCAGUGGCUGUGACGUUAUGCUGCUGAGCACAAGGUUGCAGGUUCAGUCCCAGCCAGGGUGGCUGCAUUUCAAUGGGGGCAGAAUGCAAAAGCUCUCGUGUACUGUGCUUUGCUUGCACGGUAAACCCAGGCAGUGAAAAUUCAUCCAAAGCCCUCCACUACGACCACCCUCCUAACCUACUGUGCAGUUUCAGGUUGUUAAACUCCAUAAUUUAGUUGGACACAAUAGCAUAAUCGGUGUCAAAUGCCCUAUUACAAUGUUAAACUCAAAUGAACUAGUCUAACUUCAUACACUUGUGAAGUUAAUGUGCUUUUGAUGCAACAUUUUUUGAGUAUGACGUAGCUUUUCUCCCUCUUCGAUUCCAGCAUUGCUUGCCUGACACUAUUGGCACGUAGGGGCUGCUGCUUUCGACUUCAGCUCUGCAGGGAUGGGAGAUCGGAAGGCUGACACAAGUACUCGUAGUGAAACCAUUCUGCCCGAAUUCUGAGAACUAUUUGUCCGCUCAUGUUGGGAAUUUUAUUCUGUGAUGUGACAUUACCACCAUCAUAUUUGAGUGUGCAUUUUUAAAGUGCUUUGCACAUGUUCAUUCUUCGGUGUGCACAUAGCAUUGUCUGUGCAGUAUGGGAUACAGUCGCACAGAGGACAGGUUAAUGUGGAAUGUACAGUCGAGAGCAAAAGUCCAGAGACCACGGCAUCAGCAAGAAAAUUUGAUUUUUUUCUUGCACAGCCGUGCAGCGUGCAAUUGUCUUAACGCAUGACAAACAGGCGCAUGUAGGCAGUACCACUUGAGUUCAGCCUUUAUGCCUAGGCUACGAAAAGGAGGAAUAAACUUUAUUUUAGGACAGCAGAUUUGAGACCUAGGCCUCUCUACCUAGAUGAUGGCCUCGAGCCCUGGCGGCAUCUUCGGCCUGCUGGAUUGCCUUAAGUUGGUCUUCAAGUGCACAGCUGAGCAACAUGGUCUCCCACUGCUCUCUGGUCUUGUGUAUAUUAUUCUGUGUGGGUGUCCAAGGACAAGCCCAAACCAUAUGUUGUAGGUCCGCCCUUUCUUGACAGAAUCUGCAUCUACCCUUGUAAAGGUCUGGGUAGUAGCGGUGGUAGGCCACCGGUUCAGAUAUGUAUCUGUUUGUAAGAGGCGCCAUGCCGUCUAUUUAGCGAGGAGUGUGCCGGGGGGAAAUGCACCCUUCCCAAUUUAUAUGUUUGGUGAUCUUGUUAAAGCUGGUCAUUCGGUCACUCUCCUUUCCCAGUACAUUUGCAUGUCACCUGCUCGGCCCGUCAGUUCAUGAGCCAGGUUGUGCGCUAUUUUGUUCCCGGGCAGAGAGGGGCGUGCGGGUGCCCAUAUAAUGUAAACGUCUCGAUCUUCACAAAGGUUGGUUAAAAUUCUCAGCGCUUCCGGUGAGAUUCUUCCUUUGGUAGAAACGAAAUUUUUUACCAGCAUCUCGGGUCCCCAUACUUUUGCUCUCAACUGUACAGUGCUCAGCGAUUGAAAUGCGAUACUCGGACAGCAUAGCGGCCUGCGCUUUUUGCGCCACCGGUGAUUGCUGGGCGAUCAGUGAAGAGGCCGAAUGCAGUUACAAUGCAUCAAAAGGAUUCUCGCUUUUACGUGACACAAAAAUGCAUCAUCUCGGUGUCACCAGCACCCACCGGUGGCACAAGAAGGUACUGGCUGGCAGGUUGUCCGAGUAUGGCAUUUCAAGCGCUGAGCACUGUACAUGACAUUUUAGACAUUCGCGACACUGUUAUUUAAAAACAAGUAAAAGUAAUGAUGCCCUCAAAUCGCUGCCUAGGUAAAUGAUAAUUCUCCUACUUACCUAACACACGACUGAGAAACAUGGAAAAUGGACAAAUGCAACACAACCUAUGUGUACUUGUCAACUCCCCUGAAUUUUUGCAAUGCUUACGAAUUUGAACUCUUCUUGCAAUUUUAUUAAUGUUGCUUCAGGAUUUAAAAAAAAAAAAAAAAGCUGUUCACAAAAACAUUUCAGUCCUUGGUCCCCAAAACUUUUGUUGGAAAUCUUCUGUUGAUACAAGGGUACUAGCGUCAAGCAAGUUUAUAUAGAGGAGUUCCUGGGGGCAAAACACCAAAGUCGCUAAUGGAGUCAUUCUGACCUGAAAAUAAUGUGAUGCUUGCGAGUAUUUGCUUGACCGCUCCCCCAUCCUUUUUUGGUGACAAUGUGCGGGAUUUUAAGAAUUUUAAUAUUCACAGGUUGGUAGGUGUGACUAUGGUAACCAAAUGCUAAGGUUUACUUAACCGACAUAGCUAAAUGAAUUGAUGAAAGAUGGUACAGAGUUGGAAUAGAUCUUGAAAGAAAGACCCGUUGCAGUGGCUUAACAGCCAUUGUGUUGCGCUGCUAAGUACAAGGUCGCGGGAAAUCCCAGCCGCUGCAGCUGCAUUUCGAUAGGGGGCAAAAUGCAAGAACAUCCGUGUCCCGUGCAUUGCGGGCACGUAAAAGAUCGCCUGGUGGUCAAAAUUAAUCUCGAGUCCUCUACUAUGACGUACCUCAUGAUGAAAUUGUGGUUUCAUCAUGUAAAACCCCAGAAUUCUAUUCAAUCUUCGUGAAAGAAGCUGCGAAGUUUAUUUGCAUGACUUUAUUAUUAUUUCUUUUUGUUGUAUGCCUCCAUUCUCUUUCUCUUGGUCCUGUGACAUUAUUGCUGCAUUUUUUCAGAUAUUCUUUGUUUUUCUUUAAUGCAUAUAUGCCUCUGUACCUUUACUCUGUCUUUUAGUUCCCAUAGUUCUUGUUUCCUGCAUAACUUUCUGAAAAUUUACUUUUCUUGAAUGUAUAUAUAUGGAAUUGAUACCACUCUAUGCCAUGCUCUGGGGCAAUGACCCAGUCAAGCUUUCUUAGACCUUUUAUCCAGCUCUAACUAUAUUAUGUUAUUUAAAGCUGAAUUGAAUUAAAGUUGAAACUGAUAUUCAAAUAAGAGCAUUCGUGCUAAAUGAGGGCUAUCCUUUACUGAAGAGGCACGUAUUUGCUCUGUGAAUGAGUGUAACUGCUCAUAAGCUGGGUGAAAAGCAAAGCACUUGUGCUUUGGGGAUUUGUGGUCGCACCUGUUUUGUUCCAAGCUACUGCCGUCUUCUCU